AUGCGCAUCGGUGCCAGAAAGAAUAGAAGUGCCGAGGCAAUGCCGCAUGGAUUUGGCAUGUCAAUGUCAGGCCUACCGUGCAACGGCUCGGCUCUUAAGGUUGCUAGUGGUGAUUUUCCACAUUUUCUCAUCUAUGGUCCAAAUAGUGCUGGCAAGAAAACACGUAUUACAUGUGUAUUGAAUGAAUUGUAUGGAAAUGAUGGAAUACAAUCACUGAGGCUUGAAAGUCAUCAGUUUACAAUCCCACCAAAUAAAAAAGUUGAUAUUACAACAAUUGGAAGUCAUUUUCACUGUCAAAUUAAUCCAAGGUCGACACUUACACCAGAUCAGAUGAUAUUAGAACCAGAUUGGGAAGUUUAUUUACGGAAAACGGCCCGUAUGAUUGCUGAACAGCAGAUACCACAGCGAAUAUUAGAACGUUUGUAUGAAUUAAUCUCACAUUGUAUACCAUCAGAAGUUAUAUUUAAAGAAUUAUUAGAAGAAUUGCUAGGUAAUUGUGAUGGUAUAUUGAAUAGUCAAAUAACACAGAUUGCAGCUGAAUAUGAACGUCGUUCACGUCAAGGUUCAAAAGAUAUAUUUCAUUUAGAAGUAUUUGUUGCUAAAUUUAUAAAAGCUUUAUUUAUCACACAAAUAUCUAUUCCAGAAAUAAAUGUCGAUGGUGAUAAUAACGACACAACGACAAUUAUUCAAAUGUUAAAACGAAUUCAUUCCAAAGAGUUGUUUAUUAGCUCCUUGUUAACUGGAGCAACGAAAGAUAUUAGUGGACAACUAACAUAUAGUGCUGAAUCAAAAUCUUCAUCGCAUUGGACAAAUAUGAUUAUUCGUCGUUGUUUAUUUAAAAUAUCGGAUCGUUCAUUUUCCCUUAUAAAUAGCGCCGUGUAA